UAUGAUGAAAUACAGAUUCUAAAAUUUUCCCACAUUAUCGAGCAUUCUCUAUCAGGAAGAAGCAGCAGUGAAAAGAGGCGGAAAUGGCGAAUAAGGCCCUGCGACCCACAGGAGAGUUCUUCAGGAGGAGGGACCAGUGGAGGAAUCACCCGAUGCUGACGAACCAGCUCCGCCACGCCACUCCUGGCCUCGGCAUUGCUCUCGUUGCCUUUGGCAUCUACAUCGUCGGCGAGCAAGUUUACAACAGCCUCCACGCUCCCUCUUCUUCCCACUCCCACCACUCUUCUCCAACUGUUUCCUCUGCUUCUCACUGAAGAUGAGUUAUUGGUGGAAGGAAAAGCUUGGGCCAUCUCGUAUUUGAGCAUUCCUCCCUCUGAUUUGUUGUUAAUAAAGUAGAAAAUUCUCAAUGGACAUGAAACUUAAAGCAUGCAAUUAUGGAUGUGUUUCAUAAGCUGGAAUGUGGAACUUCUAGCAAAGCCACAAUAUGGAAGUUUUAAUUACUGUC